GAGUUUCAGAGAGCUAUGGAAGACUGUUUUAGCAAUGAUUUUUAUUAAUUUAUCAUUUGCAGUAGUAAAUAUACUGCUUAAAAAAGUCAUUGAUGGCGGAACUAACCAUAUGGCUAUCGUUACAUAUCGACAGUUGGCUGCUGCCAUUUUCUUGGCUCCCAUUGCUUACUACUGGGAAAGGAAAAGCAGACCCAGGGUUACAUUUCAGAUCUUAUGUUAUCUUUUUCUUGGAGCUCUAAUCGGGGUAACACUCACACAAUAUGUCGUCCUAUUGGGACUGGAGCGUACGUCUGCUACAUUCGCCUGUGCAUUCCUCAAUAUGGUGCCUGUCAAUACCUUUAUAUUGGCUCUGCCAUUCGGCCUAGAGAAAGUGAAGAUAAAAAGCAAGUCAGGAAGAGCUAAAGUGAUGGGUGCACUAAUAUGCAUGAGUGGGGCUAUUUUGCUUACUAUUUAUAAAGGAUUUCCGCUGACUCGUCCUCCUUCAAGAGACAUCAAUAAUUAUGCUGAUCGUACGACGUCGGAGAAGGACAGACAUAAAUGGAUUAUCGGAUCGUUGUUUCUGAUCGGAGGCGGAGUUUUGUGGUCCUCAUGGUUUCUUAUACAAGCUAAAAUUGGCAAGAAAUUUCCAUGUCAGUGUACAAGUACUGCCAUCCUUUCUUCUUUCGCUACAGUCCAGUCGGCUGCGUUAACAUUGAUUUUGGACAGGAACGUCGACGUAUGGGUAUUAAAGGGAAAAUUUGAGAUUAUAGCCAUGCUUUAUUCUGGUAUAGUAGGAUCGGGAUUGUGCUAUGUAGGGAUGUCAUGGUGUGUGAAACAAAGAGGACCAGUAUUCACUGCUGCAUUUAGCCCUUUUAUACAGAUUUUUGCUGCCAUGUUUGAUUUCUCUGUACUGCAUGAACAAAUUUACAUUGGAAGUGUUAUUGGAUCUGUACUAGUUAUAAUUGGCCUUUAUGCUCUCCUUUGGGGUAAAAGCAUUGAGGCUGAAGAAUGUGUGAUAAAGCAGACUGUAGCCAAAGGUGAUGGAAAUAUGACUGUUGAGUCGCAAGUACCAGUAAAUUUCAAUUCAACGAGCGGAACCGGGGCGAAACCAGGAGAGGAACCGGGGGCGAGGGUGUAAUGAAUUAUGUAGCCCCAUGCCGGUAGAAAUUGAAGCUGACAAUUUAACUAGUCAGCAUUCAGAUUAAGUUUAAAAUUAUCCUCUUCAAUGCUAUAAAUGUAUAUAAGUUUACUUCUAUAAUAUAGAGAAAUAAAAAAUGUUGACCUGAAUCAGAGAACAGCUGUACAAGAAUAUAUAAAUUAGACAAUAAAUCAU